CUGCCCCCCGCUGAGCUGUCACCUUCUGCAAGAACCUUGCCCGAGUCCCCAGACCCGUUGGAUCUUUCCGUCUGCUCACAACGCUUUAUGUUACCAGACUCAGCCCCUGUCUAUGCGUUUUGUGUUUGUAUAUGUUUCAUAUGAUGCAUAUGAAUUCUCUACCGCACUUGACACGUAGUAAUUCGUUGAUGAAUGAUCGGAUUCUGGUUACUUAUUGGAAGGAUUUUAGAUUAAUUUGGGGUGGCUUUUUAUGUGUAUUUUCUGCUUGUAUAAUACUCAGGUAUUUUCUACUGUGUUCCUUUUUUUUUUUUAAUUAGAAGGCGUAUUAUUCGGGUUCGGGAAGUUUUGCCGUCUCUGUUGUUUCCUUAAGUUGGACAUUUAAGGAGGAGAGAUACAGUGUGAGCAAAGGGAAGAAAGGAAGAAUGUGCAAAGUGUCUUCACAGAUUAAUUAGUAUUCUAAGCUGGCUACAGAGAUAUAGCAGAAGAUACCUUUGACACAUUUAUGCUAGAAUCAGCUUUUCUGCAACAUGUCAUGACAAAGAAUAUUGCUUCUUGUGGGUUGGAGGAGCCAUUGAAGAAUUUUAACAUUGGGACGGUUCAUUUUGUACCACUGUGCAGGAUAGACUUGAAUGCAUAUGGCUUAAGCCAGGCCUUCACAGUCUUUCUUUAAAGGGCCAAAUAAUAAGGAUUUUUGGCUUUGCAAGCCACAGUUGUGGCAGAAAAGCAGCCACAGACAAUACAUACAUAAUUAAAUAGAUAGAGCUGCAUUCUAACAGUCAUUUACAAAGACAGGUGCCUGACCUGAUUUGGUCUGUGGGUAAAGUUUGUCCAACCCAGAGUCUAACCAAAUAGUCCUAGGAACUAAAGCAAUAACCCAGUCCUGAACUAAGGCAGUACUAAAUCGCGGUUUUGUGUUGCUCUUUAUGUAUUUGUGAGGCCAUGUCACAUAAUGAGAGCUCAGGAUCUAGCCUUCCUGGCUUUGAACUGUGGCAUACCCUGACUACUAACAGUGUGACAAUGGGCAGAUUAACUUCUCUUUGCAUCAGUUUUUUUAUCCACAAAAUGAGAAUGAAAUAGUACCUCCCAAAGUGUUUUUGUAAGAAGUUAGUUAAAAAGCACAUAGAAUGUUAGCAUAGUGCUCGUACAUGUAGUCAAAGCUUAAUAAAUCUUAACAAUUAAUUUUGAAAUUGUUCCUCACAUGCAUUGUUAAAGACAGGUUUGAGAGAUGUUUCUAAAAUAGAAUUUAUAGGCUUAGUGUGUUUAGCUGUGGAACAAAAAUAAUAUGUUAAAAUUUUUAGGCAAGAGCCAUUCACACAGAAGUGAUAUGGAAGUCAUGAAAAUAAGGCUGGGGUUUGGACAUGCAAGAUUAAGUACUGAUUUUGAGGAGCUGGGCUUCCCUGGUAACUCAGAGACAAUGGCCAAGAAUAAACUCAGAGGGCAGAAGUCCAGGAAUGUAUUCCACAUAGCCAGCCAGAGAAGCUUGAAGGUUAAAAAUAAAGCAAAACCAGUUACUACUAAUCUUAAGAAGAUAAACAUUGUGAAUGAUGAAAAAGUUAACAGAGUGAAUAAAGCUUUUAUAGAUAUACAGAAGGAACUGGCAAACUUCUCAAAAGGCCUUUCCCUUGAACCUCUGCAGAAACAGCUGGUGUCUCAGCAGUGUCAUGAAAACAUACCAGUUAAUGUUGAUGAGGCUACAAGAUUAAUGGCUCAGUUGUAA